AUGGCCCCAAUCACCUUCUCGCAGGAAGACGCAGAGGGAGUUCACCAUCCCCAUUGCGAUGCUUUGGUUGUAAGGGCCGUAGUGGCUAGAAACGGAUUAAAACGCAUGCUCGUUGACAACGGUAGCUCCGUGAACAUAUUCAUCAUCCCACGAGGGCGGAUUAUCCUGCCUGUGGAAAUGGGUUCGGCCCCCUUGGUCGCCCAGUAUUUCAUAGAGUUUCUGGUGGUAGAUCAUAGGUCGGCUUAUCAUGGGGUGUUGGGCAGACCGGCUCUAAAAGAUCUUUGGGCUGUAACGUCCAUUCACUAUCUGUGCAUGAAAUUCCCAACCGAACAUGGGAUUGCAACGGUUCGGGGCGAUCAGAUGAGCUCCAGGGCAUGCUACCUGAACUCGCUACGCAAAUCGGAGCCCCGGACUGUCAAUGUAAUUCUGGCAGAAGUACCCGCUGAAGUCGGUACGGACGUGGAGAUGCUCGACGCCCCUAAACAAGGGCAUACCUUUGAACAAGAGGAAGAUGUCAUAAUGGAAGAGGCCCCUGAACAAGGACACCCUCUUGACGAAUUAGAUCCCCGAAUAAUUGAUUAUGAACCAAACGCGACCCCAAUGGAAGAACUGGAAACCUUUCCAGUCAAUCCAGAAGACCCCAACCAAGUCUUGCGCAUAGGGAAGUCAUUAUCGCCUGAAGCAAAAAUUGAGAUGAUACGAUUCCUGAAAGAAAACCUAGAUGUCUUCGCAUGGAAACAUGAGGAUAUGAAGAGGCGCGCGCUGAAUCCGGAACGGUACGAGGCGCUGAAAGACGAAGUAAGUAAACUUGAUCGCAGUGGUUUCAUCAGGGAGGCCAUAUACCCGAGGUGGAUAUCCAACCCGGUUCUAGUGAAAAAGUCUAGCGAGAAAUGGAGGGUCUGUGUGGACUUCACAAACCUGAAUAAGGCGUGCCCCAAGGAUAGCUUCCCGCUUCCAAGAAUUGAUCAACUGGUCGACUCCACUGCUGGGCAUGAACUACUUAGCUUCAUGGAUGCGUACUCAAGCCUCCAGGCGGGCGAACACGUGAGUCACAUUGACCAAACCUUCCAGAUACUCAGAAGGUAUAACAUGAAGUUGAAUCCCCUCAAGUGCACUUUCGGAGUGGCAUCGGGCCAGUUCUUGGGAUACAUUGUCAAUCAGAGAGGAAUUGAGGCAAACCCUGCGAAGGUGGCGGCUAUAAUAGAAAUGAGUUCACCUCAGAAACCAAAGGAGGUCCAAAGUCUCAAUGGCCGGAUAGCCGCCCUCAGCCGCUUCAUCUCCAGAGCUACUGAUAAAAGCUUGCCUUUCUUCAAAGUAUUGAAGCAAGGAAAGAGAUUUCAGUGGACUUCGGAAUGCCAAGAGGCCUUCAAGUCUCUGAAGAAACACCUAGGUGAAUCGCCCCCCCUAUCGAAACCCCAUCCGGAUGAAUCUCUGUUGCUGUAUCUAGCAGUGUCAGAUGUCGCAGUCAGCGCGGUCCUAACCAGGGAAGAAAAUGGGCGUCAAUUGCCAGUAUAUUACAUCAGCAAAGCACUUCUCCCAGCUGAAACACGCUACUCCGACAUGGAAAAACUGGCACUCGCACUUAUUACAGCUUCGAGAAAGCUGAGGCCAUAUUUCCAAGCUCACUCAAUACAAGUCCUCACCAAUUUCCCCUUAAGGCAAGUAAUGCAGAAGACGGACGCGUCGGGACGCCUACUGAAAUGGGCUAUCGAGCUCAGCGAGUUCGAUCUCACAUUCCGACCUAGACACGCUAUCAAGGGCCAGGCCCUUGCCGAUUUCAUGGUCGAAUUUACCAAAGCCCCAGAGAUGGAGGCCCUGAUGGAGCCAGCCGAGCCCCCCGCAUGGAAAUUGUUUGUAGAUGGGUCUUCAGGAGAGGCAGGCGCAGGGGCGAGAAUCGUGCUGGAAAGCCCGGAAGGUCAUUUGUUGAAUUGUGCGGUAAGAUUCAGCUUCGGAGCCUCGAACAACGCAGCCGAAUAUGAGGCCCUUCUGGCAGGACUAAGGCUCGCCAAGGAAAUGCAGGUCAGGAAGCUUCUGGCAAGCAGUGAUUCUCAGCUCGUAGUGAAUCAGGUGAAUGGGGAUUUCGCGGCCAAAGAUGAUAACAUGCGCGCAUACUUGAAGCUGGUUCUGGACAUAAUUCCCCAUUUCGAAAAGUUCGAACUGACUCAAGUCCCCCGUCUAGAGAAUGCCCAUGCAGAUGCUCUCUCAAAGUUGGCCAGCAGCGUGAACUCAGAGCUUCUGAACAUCGUCCCCAUUGAGCACUUAUCAAAGCCCUCCACCUUCGAGGGUGAAGAGUUACUAUGGAUAGAAGGCACCCCAUUGUGGAUGCAUCCCAUAAUUGCAUAUCUAAAAGAGCAAACGCUGCCUGCUUCCAGAAGUGAAGCAAGGAAGUUAAGAAGAAGGGCUGCACACUUCGUCCUUCAAGAAGGAACCCUUUACAAGAGGGGCUUUGCCUCUCCCCUUCUUCGAUGUGUAGGCGGCAAAGAGGCCACCUACGUACUCAGAGAAAUACAUGAAGGGAUCUGCGGAAAUCACUCCGGAGGGACGAAAUGUGACAAAUGCCAGCGCUUCUCGAACGUACAAAGACAGCCUGCGCAGAGCCUCUCUAUAGUGACCAGCCCUUGGCCAUUCGCCAAGUGGGGCAUCGACUUCAUUGGUCCGCUACCAAAGGGUAGGGGAAGCGCAACUUUUGCCAUUGUCGCCAUCGACUACUUCACUAAGUGGGUCGAGGAAGAACCCCUUGCCCGAAUCACCGAGGCCAACACUACGAAGUUCGUUUGGAAGAACGUCAUUUGCAGGUUCAGCAUCCCUCACUCCAUUGUCUCUGAUAAUGGGCGGCAGUACUUCUCGACUCCACAUCACCCUCAGGCAAAUGGACAGGUCGAAGCAGUGAACAAGACUAUCAAGCAGCCUAUGUCCGGCCCUAAGGAUCGCCUCACUAAUGGCCACGCAGCCCGGCCUUGGGUAACAAGCUCUCUCUUCCGGCCCUGGGAGAAUCAGCCGGAAAUUGUGCGAGAUCGCCGGAAAUAUCGCUCUCUCUCGCCGGAGUUGCUUCCGUCAAUAAUAAUUACUGGCCGCAGCAGCCUUCUAGGGGAAUGGGCGUGGUACCCAACUGUCACCUUGGAAACACGCAACAGUUGUCAAAUCAUUGGACUUCCGGGUCGCCUCAGAUGA